AUGCAGGUCCCAAGGCUCUGCAUCGGCCUGGCCUCCAUGUGCUUGUUUGUCUCCGCCGCCCCUCCGACCUGCUACUCCAGGAUUCUCAGUUUAAGUCAAGAAAUCAUGGAUUCCUUUCGGAGCCUGCAGACCUCUGAGCCCUUGGAACCCUGUGUGGAAAUGCUGCCCAAGCUCUAUUUGGAUAUUCAUAAUUACUGCAUACUGACCAAAAUGAGGAACUUCAUCGCCUCCCCAAAAUGUCGGAAAGUUCCCCAAGUAGGAGCCCUGAAGGAUAAAGUCCGGAGUCUAUACAUCAUUAUGAACUCAUUCUGCAGGAGGGAUUUAGUGUUCCUGACAGAUGACUGUGUUGCUUUGGAAAACGCCACCCAAUCCCUCACCGAUCCCGUGGAGAUUCAAAGCUAAGGCCCAGUAGCCGAGAAGCUUCCAGUGAUACCAGCAGACCAAAUCUUGAGGGGUUAAAGUCGUAUACCAAAUAUACUUGCUGUCUAUGCACACUAACACUAUUAUCUCAAAUCUGCCUGCUCUGUAAUUUCUCCCGGGAAUGAAGUUCAUGAUUUGCAGACCUGCAGAGCUCCUGGUGAUGCUAAGAUCGGAUCUGUCAUAACUAGAACGCACUUGGAUCUGUAUCCUUAGAGCAACUGGCAUUCACCCACUGAGCCCCACAGUCCUUAUGUGCAUACAUACAAGUUAUGUAUGUAUAUUAAUGCCUA